AUGGGAAAACAUGGGAGUGAAGGUGGUCUGCAGCUACACCAUUUGCACUUUGCUGAUGACAUCGUUCUGAUGACACCUAUCAUCAGUGAAGCGGAACGAAUGCUGACCGAGUUCGACGAAACAUGUGAAUGUAUCGGUCUUCAACUGAGUCUGCAAAAGACGAUGUUCAUGCGUAACGGAUGGGUCUCGGAUAGCCCAUUCACGCUCAACGGAACGAACACAUCCGAAUGUACCAGCUACAUUUAUCUGAGUCGGAAAUUGAACAUGAAGAACGACCUGACCCCCGAGCUGGACAGGAGGGGACGAGCAGCUUGGGGAGCGUAUAAAAGCAUCGAGGAUGUAGUGAAGAAGACCAAGAACGCCUAG